AUGUGUAUUUGCUGGCACUACCGAGCCAAACGUCUCGGUCAUGGACCGUUCUAUGUUGGAGAUACAGACUCUGACGGUAAGCCAUUGGUCCCGGAUGAACAAACGAGAUUGCUUGAUGGAGGAAUCCAUGGACAAUCAACUACAUCGUCGAGGUAUAAUAAUACUGUACCUGAC